GUUCCCUCUUGUGAGCCUCGAGAGUAGUGACAGUGAUAUGCCUGUAAUGUUGCAGCCUGCACGCUUUGUCAUAGCGAUGCUUCUCCUGUCUUCGAUACGGACGUCCAACAUCGGUUCUGCAACGCAAGCAAUGUCGAAGUCGAGACGGAAGAGUAGCUAGGCAGGAAGCGCCCAUGCAUGUCUCUCUUUUUUGUUGAAGUACUGCCGCCGCCACGCAGGAGGCAGUACAGUAUAAGGAUGGAAAAUGGAUCUUCCUGAUUGACUUCUCUAGGGCGGUUAUGCCGAUACAUAUGUUCGUGAAUAGCGACCGGAUAGCGACAGGCGUUUCACCAGUGUAUGUUGUCCACACACAUGACAGGUGAAUCGAAGCCAGAAGCAGCGUGUAUGUGCGCACCUUUACCGGGCCCGUCCUCUGUCAUUUCUUCAAGAAAUCACGAAUAGUGCUAUAUAUUCUGAUAUGGACCAACCUUCGCUCGCCCGCGACUUUGUUAUCUCUUCUUUCUUCUCUCAACACGCCCUAGAACCUCAAGAUGUCUGACCAUCACGCUGGCAGCAAGGAGGACGGAAACACGAGCUUCAACACUCCUGCAGGAACCGGCGAGGAGUCUGACACGCCUCGUCCGAACCCGCCAGCGCUGCUGCCUACGGUGAACGUCAUACAGAGUUCACCGCCCCAAGUGCAGUUCGCACCCGCCAACGACAAUACUACCAUUCCGCAUCCCCGUUCGCCGUCAUAUCCUGACCUAAGACCUUCGAAUCCCUUGUCUCCUGGUAAUGCACCUCUCGCUGGUCCAUCUACCGCAAGUUCCUUUUCGCAACAACCCAUCGCAACGACAACAUCUAAUACUGAAACCUCCCCACGACAUCACCAGAGGAAGUCGCUCGUGCCGUCGACGCUACAGGAGUCUCCGACAGAGGAAGAGGGACAGGGCUCGGCUUCAAACCUCCUGCCAAAGCAAGCAGAAGAGCCACCCGCACCUCCGCCGCCGAAUACCAAACCUCAGGUAUUACGAGAUCCAAGCUAUGGAACCGACCGGCCGCUGAGUAUGCCUGGCCCAGUGUUCAUGGAGCCUCAAUAUGACCGGCGGCACCGAUCGAUGCGUAGCAUGUAUGACAUGAGCCAUGACAGGCAGGGAAGUCUUGGGGGAAGGAGAGUGACGUUAUCACCUCGACAGAGCUAUACGGAUGGACGUCCCGGAGAUGGGAAUGGAAACGGUGUAGGUAUGAUUAGUGGGGAUCAAAUAGAGCGGAACGCGCCGUAUCCUUACCGCAAUUCUUUACUGGCCGAGGAGGGAAGAGUGUCGAGACGGACGAUCAUUGAUCAUGCUGUACCGACCGAGCACGAGAUAUUACAAAUGACGAAGGAGAAACCAGAGGAGAGAUACAAGCCAAACACUGUGGGGGCACGGUUAGAACCCACCCUGAAGCACGCACAAGAAGCUCUCCUGGAGGCAAGAAGGACAGCAAAGGCGACAGGAUGGGGCCUCAACGUCGCCAUUGGAGCUCAAGUGAUUUUGGGCGCCCUAACCACCGGCGUUGCAGCUGCGACCACAGGACGUCAAACUUCCAUUGCUACUACCAUUCUCGGCGGUCUCUCCACCCUCGCUGCAUCGUAUCUAGCAAAAGCGCGUGGUUCAGGCCAGCCUGAAAAUAGCAUUACCAAGUGUAAUGAUUUGGAGCACUUUGUGCGAUCCUGUGAAGCGUUCUUAUUGGAUUAUGGGGACGACGAAGGGCAUACGCAAGACCGGCAUAUUGCCAGGUAUAGAAUGCGCUUUGAGGAGCUCCAAGGGAAUGAUUCGUCGAUUAUUGCGGAGGGCAUAGUUGAGAAGGGACAGCCGAAUUCGACCGAAAAUCUAAAUGAGAAGAGACAAAAUGGGCGCGCAACCUAAAAUCCCUAGCAGACGGACAUUUAUCAGCAUCGUUCCCGUUCCUCUUCUACCUUCGACAUUCAUCCCUUUCCCUACUCACUCGCUAUCUCAUCGUCCCGGACACUCCUCCUUCGCUCUAAUUCAUCCUCAAUAUCCAGUCUCAACUCGCAAUUGUAGAAGUAACACCAACCAGCAUAACAGACGAGGUACCUCCGUAUUCUUCUUGCACAUAUCGUUAUCCUUUCCUUCCGUAUUCCUGACUUGAUCGUUGCUUUGUUAUCUUCUUGACACUGGAAAGAUCCAAUUUGUUCAGUAGUGAAAUACUUGUUCGUUAAACAGUCGUUCUUCUACCACCCCGUAGCUUUGCAUCAUAAAGUGCAAAGUCCAUCACAAAGAAAUAUUACGGCAUCUUGUAC